AUGACCUAUUACCGGUGGCUUGAAGUUGAGCUUUUCGUUUACGUGAUGAUGAUUUGCAGACUGUUCAACGCCAAUCCCACAGACGUUGGUGCGAGAUGUUCAGGAUAUCUAUACGAUGGAGACGAUUUUGCAGGCACGAUAUAUGCAAAUGCUGUGUCCAUUCGAUGGCAGUCCACCGACUUUACCACGCCAACCAUGACCUCGACCACGAUCAAACCCAAGACAUCAUCCAUUGCCCGGAAUACAUCCACCCAAUCCCCGGAAGCCCCAUUAGAAAGCCACGGGCUGACAAUUGGCGCGAAAGCAGGCAUCGGUGUAGGGGUCUCUCUGGGCGUCAUUCUUACUAUCGGCUUAGCCCUUUGGCUCUUCUACGCCCGACGAAAACGAAGCCAAAGCCCUCCGCAAGGCCAUGACGAACCUGAUCAUAUGACCGAGAACGUUGUAAUAUAUGAGACGUUACCUGUCGAACUCCCUACUCCAACCUAUUUUACGACGGAGUUGCCAACACCUCGCUCUGGUUCUCCACCGUCAAAGCCGGCGGAGUUGGCUUCAAGUUGA